AUGGUCCUUUUGCUGUUCCUUGCAAUCCUAUUAUUGAAGGAAGAUGUCUGUGGGAACUUCAGGCUUUUGGUUUCUGCACAGGCCAAUGAAAGAAGGGUGGUUGCACACAUGCCUGGUGAUAUUAUCAUUGGAGCUCUGUUUUCUGUCCACCACCAACCAACAGUUGACAAAGUUCAUGAGAGGAAAUGUGGAGAGGUAAGAGAGCAGUAUGGCAUUCAGAGAGUGGAGGCAAUGCUACAUACCCUUGACAGAAUUAAUUUGGACCCAACACUGUUGCCAAAUAUAACACUAGGAUGUGAAAUAAGGGACUCUUGCUGGCAUUCUGCUGUGGCUCUGGAGCAAAGCAUUGAGUUUAUAAGGGACUCUCUUAUUUCAUCAGAAGAAGAGGAAGGGAUGGUGCGAUGUGUAGAUGGAUCUUCAUCAUCUUUCCACUCCAAGAAACCCAUUGUUGGUGUCAUUGGCCCUGGCUCUAGCUCAGUUGCUAUCCAGGUCCAGAACUUAUUGCAGCUUUUCAAUAUACCUCAGAUUGCUUAUUCUGCCACAAGCAUGGACCUAAGCGACAAAACUCUGUUCAAGUAUUUUAUGAGAGUUGUACCAUCUGAUGCACAGCAAGCACGGGCUAUGGUGGACAUUGUCAAGCGCUAUAACUGGACCUAUGUUUCAGCUGUACACACUGAAGGAAACUAUGGUGAAAGUGGAAUGGAAGCAUUCAAAGAUAUGGCGGCCAAGGAAGGGAUCUGCAUUGCACAUUCCUACAAGAUCUAUAGCAAUGCUGGCGAGCAGAGCUUUGACAAGUUACUGCGGAAGCUUCGGAGCCACCUGCCCAAGGCAAGAGUGGUUGCCUGUUUCUGUGAAGGCAUGACUGUGAGAGGGCUCUUAAUGGCUAUGAGGCGCCUGGGACUUGCUGGAGAAUUUUUGCUGCUGGGAAGUGAUGGCUGGGCAGACAGGUACGAUGUGACAGACGGGUAUCAGCGUGAAGCUGUUGGUGGAAUAACAAUCAAGCUCCAGUCUCCUGAUGUUAAAUGGUUUGAUGAUUACUACUUGGAGCUUCGGCCAGAAACCAAUCACCGAAAUCCAUGGUUUCAGGAAUUUUGGCAGCACAGGUUCCAGUGCCGUCUGGAAGGGUUUCCUCAAGAGAAUCCUAAAUACAACAAGACUUGCACAAGCCAGAUGACGCUGAGGACGCAGCACGUUCAGGACUCCAAGAUGGGCUUUGUAAUCAACGCGAUAUACUCAAUGGCUUACGGCCUCCACAACAUGCAGCUGUCGCUGUGUCCAGGCUACGUGGGCCUUUGUGAUGCCAUGAAGCCCAUAGAUGGACGAAAGUUGCUGGAGUCCCUCAUGAAGACCAACUUUACUGGAGUCUCUGGGGACAUGAUCUUGUUUGAUGAGAAUGGUGACUCGCCAGGAAGAUAUGAAAUCAUGAAUUUUAAGAAAAUGGGGAAGGACUACUUUGACUAUAUCAAUGUUGGCAGCUGGGACAACGGUGAGCUGAAAAUGGAUGAUGAUGAAAUAUGGUCAGAAAAAAAUAAUAUCAUCAGAUCUGUCUGCAGUGAGCCCUGUGAAAAAGGACAGAUAAAGGUGAUUCGUAAAGGAGAAGUGAGUUGCUGCUGGACAUGCACUCCUUGUAAAGAGAAUGAAUAUGUCUUUGAUGAAUACACGUGCAAGGCCUGCCAGCUCGGCUCCUGGCCCAAUGAUGAGCUUACAGGUUGUGACCUCAUCCCAGUCCAGUAUCUCAGAUGGGGUGAUCCUGAACCAAUUGCAGCAGUUGUUUUUGCGUGCCUGGGUCUGCUGGCAACCUUGUUUGUUACAGCUAUAUUCAUAAUGUAUCGUGAUACUCCAGUGGUCAAAUCUUCCAGCCGAGAACUUUGUUACAUCAUUCUAGCUGGCAUCUGCUUGGGUUACUUGUGCACUUUCUGUCUCAUCGCAAAACCUCAACAGAUUUACUGCUAUCUUCAACGAAUUGGCAUCGGUCUCUCCCCAGCUAUGAGUUAUUCUGCUUUAGUAACUAAAACCAACCGCAUUGCAAGAAUCCUGGCUGGCAGCAAGAAGAAAAUUUGUACAAAGAAACCUAGAUUCAUGAGUGCCUGUGCCCAACUUGUUAUUGCAUUUAUCUUGAUAUGUAUACAAUUAGGCAUAAUUGUUGCCCUCUUUAUAAUGGAGCCACCUGAUAUAAUGCAUGAUUACCCAAGCAUCCGAGAGGUCUACUUGAUUUGUAACACCACCAACUUGGGUGUUGUAACCCCCCUUGGAUACAAUGGAUUAUUAAUUUUGAGUUGCACCUUUUAUGCAUUUAAGACAAGAAAUGUCCCAGCUAAUUUCAAUGAAGCAAAGUAUAUUGCCUUUACAAUGUAUACCACCUGCAUCAUUUGGCUGGCUUUUGUGCCAAUAUAUUUUGGAAGCAACUACAAGAUAAUCACCAUGUGUUUCUCAGUGAGUCUGAGUGCCACGGUGGCCCUUGGUUGUAUGUUUGUGCCCAAGGUCUACAUCAUCCUUGCUAAGCCUGAAAGGAAUGUACGCAGCGCAUUCACCACAUCAACUGUGGUCCGCAUGCACGUAGGGGAUGGGAAGUCAUCUUCGGCUGCAAGCCGCUCAAGCAGCCUGGUGAACCUGUGGAAAAGAAGGGGAUCAUCUGGUGAAACACUUAGGUACAAAGGCAGGAGACUGGCCCCGCACAAGUCGGAAAUAGAGUGUUUCACCCCAAAAGGGAGUAUGGGGAAUGGUGGGAGAGCUACAAUGACCAGUGAAGAAUCUGUUUGCAUUCCAGAAUGUAAUCGAUCUGAGUCAAGUAGAGAUGAGAAAGAGGUUCCUGUUAAAGAGGAUGCCCUAACAGGCAAAAAGACUGGAAACUGUGUCAGUCUAAUAGUGCCACAGCAAGACUGUCAGCUGCAAGACCUACUCAAACACUCUAAUGGGAAAUCAGUUUCCUGGGCCCAGAACGAGAAAAGCAGCAGAGGGGCGCACCUUUGGCAGCGGUUGUCAAUCCACAUCAACAAAAAAGAAAACCCCAAUCAAACUGCAGUGAUCAAGCCUUUUUCUAAAAGCACAGAUAGUAGCCGACAUAGUAGCAGCGCUACAUUUCCUGAGACCAGUGCCAAAACGCUUUACGACGUUUCAGAAGCAGAAGAGCAAUACCCAGCUCAGUACCGACCGCAGACUCCCUCGCCUAUCAGCACCGUGAGCCACAGAACUGCCUCCGUUAGCCGAACAGAAGAUGAUGCCCCUACCUUCCAGUCCGAGCCUCCGCAGCGAAGUAGCUCCUCGCAAGGCUCCCUCAUGGAGCAGAUCAGUAGCGUGGUUACUCGUUUUACAGCCAACAUCAGCGAGCUGAACUCUAUGAUGCUUUCAACAGCCACUCCAGGGACAAUGGUGGCCACUCCUCUCUGCUCUUCAUAUCUGAUCCCACGAGAAAUCCAGCUCCCCACAACAAUGACCACGUUUGCAGAAAUCCAGCCACUUCCUUCCAUUGAAGUCAAUGGCGCUUCCCAGUCAGCUAGGAAACAAUCAAAUGGCAGCGUCAAAGAAGGCACUGCAGAGACCCCAUCAGCAAAGCAAGACCUUGAGGAGCUGGUAGCUUUAACUCCUCCUUCUCCUUUUAGAGACUCCAUCGACUCUGGAAGUGCAUCUCCCAGCUCUCCGGUUUCCGAAUCAGCUCUCUGUAUCCCAUCUUCCCCAAAGUACGACACACUCCUCAUCAGAGAUUACACUCAAAGUUCUUCUUCUCUGUGA